GUCUAACCAAUAAUGAUUGAUCAAGUCUAACCUCGUGUGUUUAUUUCAGGUGAACAAAAUAACUAUAGUGUACUACAAACAAAAAUGGACAAAACAAUUCACUUGAGAUUCAUCCCGCAAGGAAAAAAACUACAGGUCACUAUUCCAUUGAAAAUGAAUUUCCAAAAUAUUGAAAUUGACGAAGAAGUCGAAAUCGAAUGUCAAAACGAUAACACGAUUGCUAGUCUUCUUGAGCGAAUCAAAUAUGAAAUAAAGCUCCUGAUUCAUAAUAAGAUGACUGAAAGUGAAAAGGAACUAAAGAUAGUAGACGAUGAUAUAGAAAUAUAUUUGAAACGCACACGUAAACAGGGAUAUAAAAUUAUUCCAACUGAUUUAACGCUGUCUGUUAUAACGGCUCAAAAUCUUGAAAAAACCAAAAUGCUAAUUUUCGAUAAAGAAUACGCAGUUGUCAUGAACUCCCCAAAAAUAAAAAAAAUUUCACUUCAACCUGUGUUGUACGCUAAUUUUUUGGCUAACUUAGAUAAGUUUGAAGGAUCGUAUAUCAACUAUUAUCAAUGUGAAUUCAAAUGGUAUAGGUCCAAGGAUAAAAUCGAAUGGGAAGAACUGACAGACAAAGUUCCUUAUAAAAUUAAGUCAGAAGAUGUUGGAUAUUUUUUGAAAUUAACAUGCAAACCUUUUUCUAAUAGAAAAAUUGAAGGACCUUCCGUUGAAACUAUAUCGGAGGAAGUUGUUUUGGAGUAUCCUUUAAUACCUAAUUGUCCAUUUGAACUUCGUCAUUCGUACACAAAAACCAAGCUUUCAGGUCUUAGUUUCAGAGUGGUAUCUUACAACACUUUAUCGAGUAGAUAUACAUUUAAAGAUGAUAAAUAUUCAUAUUGUCCAAAGGAAUUCUUGUCCAUUGAUUACCGAAAACAAGUGAUUUUGAAAGAGUUAAUUGGUUAUAAUGCUGAUAUUAUAUGUCUACAAGAAAUUGACGAGGAUGCUUAUGCUAAUUUUUUCAAACCGUCACUUGCAAAUGAAGGAUAUGUGACAAAGUUUUAUCGUAGAGGAAACUAUAGGAAAGAAGGCCUAAUGAGUGCAGUUACAAAGUCUCGUUACAAAUUGCUAUCUUAUGAACAAAUAGUAUUUAGUCAAGCAUUGAAAAAUAAUGCAAUAUUUUCAAAUUUGUAUAAGGUGGUAAGCACAGACAAAGUUUUCAUGAGGAAGUUUGGAAUGCAGUCUAGUUCCAUGCUCCUUCUGACACUCAAAUGCAAAACUAAAAGGAUUAUAUUAGUUGCUAAUGUUCAUUUAUCUCAUCUACCACAAUACAAGGACCUGAGAUUGAUUCACUGUUUUUUGGUCAUACGAUAUUUGAAUCAUAUGAAGGAAAAGUUAGAAGAUAGAUUUAAGAAUUUCAAGAUAAAUAUUAUACUCUGUGGUGAUUUUAAUUCUUCCCCGGAUUCUUCUGCAUUGGAUUUCCUUAAAAAAAACGGUAUUCGUUCAGAAGACUAUAUAAUAGCUGGAUGUCACCAAUUGAAUUUAGAACACCUUUUGAAACUCAAAAGUGCAUGUGGUUUCCCAAAAUAUACCAGUUUUACUCCCGACUUUAAAGGCUGUAUAGAUUAUAUAUUUAUUGAAAAUGAACACGCCGAUGUAGAACAGAUAGUUCCUUUCCACGAGGAUAUACUAGAAGACUAUUUGGGAAUUCCAAACAGGUUUUAUCCCUCAGAUCAUUUGGCUUUGGUAGCCGAUAUUAGCUUCAAAAACUGAAUUCCAUCGAUUUUUUCCUCAAGAUCGAUUUUUUUGAUGUUAUUUCUUUUAAAAGAAUAUAGAGAAUUCAAUAACACAAAGAAAAUAAUUUAAGUUAAAAUCUUGGACAUAUUGCAAAUUUUUUUUUAUUUUUUAAUUUAAUAAAAAUAUC